AUGGAUUCAGUCUUAGCCGAUGAUCGGGGACGAUUUUCAGAGGAUCUGAAGAAGCCGGACCAAGCCCCUGUUGACCCCUUUGCUGGUCUUCGACGUGUUCCUGACAAGUUCCCAUCUGUCAUCCUACUGAUUCUUGUUGUUGAGCUUGGCGAACGAUUCACUUACUUCGGCCUUAGCGGUCCUUUGCAGAAUUACAUCAAUAACCCAUACAAUCCUGGGUCAGAUCUUCCCGGCGCAUUAGGAAAAGGUCAAUCAGUUGCCUCUGCCCUCGGAAACUUCUUCAAAUUUUGGGCCUAUGCCUCCACAGUCAUUGGUGCCAUAGUUGCAGAUCAAUAUGUCGGAAAGUUCAAGGCUAUCUCUAUCGCGCUAUGUAUUUAUAUCAUCGGAUUGACCCUCCUGGUUGGCACGUCUACGCCAGCCGGCCUGAAUGCAGAUGCUGGUUUCGGUGGCUUGAUUGCUUCCAUGGCCAUCGUUGGCUUGGGAACAGGUGGAAUCAAGGCAAACGUAACACCCAUGUGUGCCGAACAGUACCAAAACGCAGAGCCAGUCUUGAAGACCCUCAAGUCUGGCGAACGUGUGGUUGUUGACCCUGAAUUGACUAUCCAGACCCUCUUCAUGUGGUUCUAUUGGGUUAUCAAUGUGGGUGCCCUCUCACCUUUGAUCACAGUCAAUGUUGAGGCCCACCAUUCUUUCUGGCUUGCAUAUUUGAUCCCAUUGAUCGCGAUCAUUCUUUCGGCUAUGGUCUUCCUGUAUGGUCAAAAGCGAUACGUCAAGAUUCCUCCACAGGGAUCCGCCAUUCUUGAUGCAUGCAAAGUCUUGAACAUUGUGCGACAAGAAAAGCAUUUCAACAGCGCAAAGCCCUCGGCUCUAGAGGCAUCCGGUCGACUGAGUAACUACGCAUUUGCUUCUGCGCCGCAAUACACGGACCAGUACGUCGAAGAUGUCCGUCGAGGGUUUAGAAGCUGUAGGAUGUUUGUGUUUUUCCCAUUCUACUUUGUCUGCUGGGUUCAGAUUUGGAACAAUCUUAUCUCACAAGCGGGACAAAUGGCAUUGCAUGGAACGCCCAACGAUCUCCUGCAAAACUUGGAUCCGAUUGCUCUGUGUGUCUUUAUUCCACUGCUUGACUUGGGAAUUUACCCCCUCCUUCGCAAGUACAAUAUCGACUUUAGCCCUGUCCGUCGGAUCUUCGCUGGGUUCGUGCUUGUCGCACUCUCUAUGGCUUACUGCAGCGUGCUACAGCACUACAUCUACAACUCCCCGGAGAGAAGCAUCCACGUGUGGAUUCAAGGUCCUGCGUAUGUCCUUGUCGCUUUCUCCGAGGCCUUUAUCAUCAUCACUGGGUUGGAACUCGCAUUCACACAUGCCCCAAAAAAUUUGAGAUCUGUUAUCUCUGCACUUUUCUGGGUCAUGAUCGGCAUCGCCGCUGCAAUUUGUAUUGGUCUGAGCCCGGUAUCACAAGACCCCUACCUUGUCUGGAUGUAUGCAUCGCUGGCAAUUGUGGCAACUGUGGCCGGAUGUGUGUUCUACUUUUGCUUUAGGAAGAGUGAAAAGGCUGAUUCGAUUGAUAUGGGACUCGUUGAAGGAAUCCCAGUUGAAGGAAACGGUCAACAAGCCAUGGGAAUUGUUGAUCAUAGCAAGUCUAAUGAAGUUUAG